UCCUACGUAAAAUUUUGGUAGUUGGUAGUUCGUACCUUGGUGUAUGUGUAUCGAUCGGUGCAAUAUUUUAUUUUACAAAUUUAGGUAAUAGGUAAAGAGAAUUCUGAUCUAUUAUAUCUAUGCAAUCAAUAUGUGAAAUGUUAUUAAGUAAUUUUUAUUAGUUUUACACAGUAAAGUGUAAAAUACAAGAAAUACACAAAAAGUUUUAAGUGGAGAAAAGCAAUCCUUUGAUUGCAUUUAUCUAUAAAUCUGAAUUCAUUUAUUAAAUACUUUAAAUAUGGAAGAAUUACGCACAAAACAUAAAUCUAUACAAAGUGCUGCACAUCACAUAGCUUUGGACUGUAUACAUCCACAGUCAGCACAUGGGUCUCCGUACCAUGUACACCCAUAUCCUUCUCCUGUCCGUCUACAACACGCAUUUCAAGCGCAACCUAGUCCUAAGAUGUUUCAUCCGAAAGGGCUUAAAGCACACCUUGAUCCCAGAGCGUACGGAACACCUAACGAAAGCCCUAUCUUGGGCAGAGCACUAUGCCUUACACCAAAAGGCAGUCCGCUACCAGGUCGAGUUUCCCACUUGAAUGAAAAAUUUCAGGACUCUCUCACACUAAACUCGGAUACUGAAGCUUUAGUAGCCAAAAUAAGUGCCAUGUUUCCAACAGUGAGUGAAACGCACAUCAAGAUUUUAUUAAAAAAGUACUACAACCGUGAAGCAGUAGUUAUAAGUGCGUUACAAGUGGAAAAGCAUCCAUUAACAACGCCUGGACCACUCACAGCUUCACCAUCAGCCGCUCGACUACAUAAAGGUGCUGUGGGGGUUUAUUCCGCGCUACAACUGGCUAAAGGAGUCUCUGGAUCAAUUCAUGGGUCAUGUCAUACACCAUUCACAUUGACACCACAAGGGUCGCCACUAUUACUACGUCCUGCGUCCGGUGCAUCUAGUUAUUAUGGAACAACUAAAUCUGUUGAAGGCCAACAAGCCAGGCAUCAGUCACCCAAAAUGAAACUAAAAUAUCUCAAAAGUGUAUUUCCGAAGGCAGAAGAGACUUUGAUCCUAGAUGUGCUAGCAAAUAAAGAUAACAAUGUGCAAAUGGCAAGCGAAGAACUUAUCACUAUGGGAUUUAACAAGAAAGAGACUAUUAUAGGGCCAAAGAAAAAAGAGAAGGAAACCCCUCAACCUGUAAAGAAAACUGUUCCAACAAUCAAAACUAUAGAGGAGAAGAAUGAGUUGAAACUAAAGCUGCAAAAGAAAUAUAACAACAUAGCAGAAAGAGUGGUUGCAAUUGCUCUAGAAAGUGUAGAUUUCAAUGAAGAUAGAGCAGAACAAAUAUUAAAUGCUGUAGUACAGGAGGAUCAAGCGCCUAAAGUGAUCAAACCAAUUCCGAUAAAAGAUUCAAGAAGACCAGAGGCAAAAGACACGAAAGGUGUGUGCGAGCACGCGGCGGAGCCGGCGCCGCGCUCGCCGCCCGCGCCGCCCGUUGCGCGCCGCAUCAAGACUUGGACCGAGCAUCUGAAGCCAAUUCUUAAGUCAAGUACGAAAGUCGAAUCUAAAUAUAAAUCUGAAUAUUCCGUGCCUAACAAUGGACCCAAUCCGUCACUUCGACAAGGACCAAAGGACAAUCUUUUAUUGGAGGAUUACAUGACAUGGAAUGGACCAAACCCGCAACUACGCGUCGGCCAAACAGUCAAACCCGAAGGGCCGGAAUCGCGUACAAAACUGAUUUCAGCAGCUAGGGGACCUUCAGGUGCCGCUAAAGGACCCUUGGGACUAGCUAAAGGCUCCAUAUAUAAACAAACCAAGAAAUCUGCCAAAAUUGUGGUGUAAAUCAAAUCGCUUCGUGUGAAAGUCCACCAUCUCUACACAGUUUAGCAACACAGCUUAAGUUUUAUCUCCAAUAUUGCUAAAAAUCUAGUAUAGUCAUUUGAAUUAAGCAUUAUGAUCUCAAAGGUACUCGAUGUAUUUUUAUAUACUUUUUUUUCUCUGAAUUGUAAAUAGCUCACUUAAUAUUAUUAGACGAAUUGACAUGUAUUUCUACAAUAUAUAACAUACUAGGGGAGUAUAGGAUAAUGGAGUUCACUUAACAAUUUUUUUAAAUAUAACUCAAAAUUUAAAUUACAACUUUAUAUGGAACAUAACAUAUUAAUUCUACAUAAAAGAUUUAUCAUAAUUUAUUAGUCUAUAUUUGGCGUAUCCAUCUAAUUGUUACAAAAAUACGAAAAACACUUCGCAGGCGAAAAGAACUGUUCACACUUUAGUUGUGUGCGUGACCAUCAUUACCCUAUUUUCCCCUACCUACACUGAUAUAUUAUCUCGGAUGCACGUUUAUUUAUAUUCAUUUUAUUGCCAUGUGCCAAAUUCUAGAAAUGAAUUUACACGUCUCCCUAAUUAAUCCAGUAUAUCUGAUAGAAAUACUUCCAGCAUAAUAUUUGGUUGGUGGAUUAUUACGUAUUGUUAAGGUAUUUUGAUUCAUUAAAAACAGUAGUAUAUUAGUUGAUAAUUUUGCUAUAGUCCUCAACGAUGUUCAUGCCGUCUAAAAAUUUACAAACUAGUCAUAAAGCUCAGGAGAAUUGCUCAAUUAAAUAUUUGAUAUUCAAUUAUGUUAUUAGAUUAGCGUUAGCUAGCGGGCAUUAGACGCAAUAUUGUGUAUAUAUUCUCGCACAUCUUAAAAACUUCUUUAAAAUAUAAGUAAUAAAUAAUAAUAAGUAGUAUUGCUAGUCGAUUCUAAGUAUUAGCUGUAGGUAUUAUGCAUAUCAAUGAUUCGAUACAUAAAAUAUAUAAUUAAUACGUCACUGUAAUUUCAAUGUAUGCAAUUUUCCUUUAACGUGGACUUUAAGGUUAAACUAAACCCUUACGAAAUGAAAUAAUUUCGGCGGAUCGUUCGAUCGUGUCUUCGUACAAUUAGGAUAUGAAAAGUUUGUAAUAAGUGUUAAAUAACACUCAUUCCAAUAAAACUGUAAAAUAAAAUUUACAAAUCCCCGACUCCAUUUUGUGUUGUCGACCAUCUUAAAUUGAAGCUUUUCAUAAAAGAGUAUAGUAUUUUACUAGUCAAGUUGUGAAAAUAUAAUUAAUACCAUAUUGUGUGGCGGCCGCCACCUUUGAUCGACUUCGAUUGUGUUUUUUUAUUUUAAAUGAAAAAAGAAACAACAUCGAAAUCGAUUCAUCUGUUUGAGAGAUAAGAUACCUCAGGCAGACAGAUACAUAGACGUCAAGCUUAUAACAAUACUCUUAUUGCGUCGGGGGUUGAAAAUAAUAACAUCCAUUUACAUUUUCAUUAGAAUUAAGCUUUUUAAUGUAAAUGCCCUCCAGAAACUUAAUAUCAAUUUACUUCAUUUAAAAAUAGUUUAUUUAUUUUUUAUACAUUUAUCUUUGUUCUAAUUAGGUAUAAGUAUUUUAUUAUGAUUAAUUAAGUAAAUGUAAUAUUUUGUAAUGAUAGCCCAAUAUAUCUUUCUUAUUCGUUUUAUCGAGACGUAGUUUUAAUAUAAGAUAUUGUGUUUUUCGAGGAAGUUUUGCCUACUGUGCCAAAUAAUAGAGGUGUUAUGUGUAUGCUAAUUUGUUCUAUUAAGUAGAUAUUGAUUUGGCAAACACGAAUGAAUAGGAACAAAGUAAAUCAGUAACGACCUAAUAUUGCUGAAUUAACAUAGUGGUGAUCUCAUGUAAUCUAUUCUAGUCUAGUUUGCGAUCUAGUCAAAUCGAGUUCAGAUUUGUAGUAUUACUUAACAUUCCAUAUUUUGGUAAUUAUUAAAGUUGUUGGAA